AUGGCGCCCCAGGAUGAUUUCAAGGAAAGGUCGUCCGCUUUCAUGCGCUGGCUCCCUUCCGCUUCCGCAACGGUCUCCGAGAAGGUCACACUGGACGACUUGAGGCACCGGGGUGCUGGCAGAGGCCUGGUUGCCGUGCAGGACAUCCAGGAGGGCGAGGUGCUCUUCGCCAUCCCCCGCUCCGCAGUCCUUAGCGCUGCCAACUCCUCCCUGUCCACCACUCUACCCCAAAUCUUUGAAGACUUGGACCCAUGGAGCACGCUCAUCGUCACCAUGAUAUACGAGUAUCUGCGUGGCGACGCCUCGCCAUGGAAGCCUUACUUCGACCUCCUUCCGGCUCAUUUCGACACCUUGAUGUUCUGGUCCGACGACGAGCUGGCCGAGCUGCAGGCCAGCGCCGUUGUGCAAAAGAUCGGCAAGGAUUCAGCCAACGAGCUGUUCAACGGCACCAUCAUCCCCCUUCUUCGUCGCCACGCCAACGUCUUCUUCCCCGACCCAAAUGUCGCCCAAGGGGUCACCGACGACGAGCUCCUGGCAUUGGCCCACCGCAUGGGCAGCACCAUCAUGGCCUACGCCUUCGACAUUGAGCCCGACCAAGCACCCCAGGAGGUCGACGAGGACGGCUACGCCUCGGAAGAGGAGGACGAGGCUCUGCCUAAGGGCAUGGUGCCCCUUGCUGACAUGCUCAAUGCCGACGCCGACCGCAACAACGCACGUCUCCACUACGGACCCGACGUCCUGACCAUGGAGGCAGUCACCGACAUCAAGGCCGGCGAUGAAAUAUUCAACGACUACGGUCCCCUGCCUCGCAGCGACUUGUUGCGGCGCUAUGGCUACAGCACUCCUUUCUACGAACAGUACGACGUCGUCGAGAUCCCUACCGACCUCAUUGUCGAAACCUUCAAGGCCGAGGCCAAACUUUCCGAUCAAGAGAUUGAGGAAAAGCUCGCCUACCUCGAAGACCAAGACCUGUUCGAGACCGGCUACGACAUCGGCCGCAACCCCGAACAGGACCCCGCGGCCGUCGCAAGCCCCGAGCUGGGCCUCUUGCUCGCCACGCUCCAUCUCCCGCACGCCGACUUCCAGCGCAUGCGGAAGAAGGGCAAGUUCCCCAAGCCGGACCUCACCCCUCAGACGGCUGCCCUGCUGCGGCAGGCCGUCGCCAAGCGCGCCGCUCAGUACCCCACUUCCCUUGCCGAAGACGUCCAUCGUGUGUCUUCGGGCGCCGCCGACCUGGGCAACGCCAGGAAGGCCAUGGCCCUCGCGGUGCGGAUCGGCGAGAAAGAGAUCCUAGAAUGUGCCGCAAAUCUGUUGGCAAAGGCGGCGGCGGCGACGGCACCCAACACGACCAAGAGGGACGGCGACGAAGGCGGUGAGAGCUCGUCGAACAAGAGAAGGAGAGUCGCCUGA